AUGAAUGAACUCAAGAAGAAAUACACCCAUAUGCAAGACAAAGGAUUUUACAUGACCAGCGAUGGAGAACAUCCAAUUCAUAUCAUACUCGGUGAUGGCACAUACAGCAGAAUUCGAACUGAGAAAGUUUACAAAGGUAAUCCUGGAGAUCCCUUGGUGGAAGAGACAACAUUCGGAUGGGUUGUUCAUGGUGGUGAGAAUUAUUCGAGCGAUGCCUGUAUGUGCACUAGAGAGGUUAACGAUUACGAACAGUUAUAUAGUCUUGAUGUUCUCGGAGUUGAAGAUUGUGGUGAAAAUGACCAAAUGCAAGUGCUUGCUGAGUUUCGAGAGAACAUAACUAGACAAGAUGAUGGCAGAUACAAAGUCAGCAUACCAUGGAUUCCAGGGAGUAAGUUAACAACCACAAACGAACAGCAAAGCAGAAGACGACUGAGCAACGUGAAAAAAAAGUUUGCGAAAUAUGAAAACCUGAAGCAAGAGUAUGAGAAGAUUAUCGAGGAUCAGUUAGCAAGCGGUGUGAUUGAGAAAGCCCCAGACGAGCCAUCAGGAGAGCGAGUGUACUACAUGCCACAUAAGCCAGUCGUAAGGCAAGAUGCAUCAACUACCAAAGUGCGAAUGGUUUUUGACGCGAGCUCCAAACCCCAUCCACUGGCAUCCAACAUUCAGAAAGCUUUCUUGCAGAUAGCAAUCAAAGAAGAAGACAGAGGUGCUUUCAGAUUUCUCUUUAAACGCGACGAGAAAGAGGUACAUUUUCGGUUCGCAAGAGUUCCAUUUGGGGUUGAAGCCAGUCCAUUCUUACUUGGUGCGACAUUGGAAUACCAAGAAACGGGGAGCAGCUAUUGA